UGGCGCUCCCUGCCGCUUCCCCGCCCAUCGCUGCUGUCAGCAGCGCCAACAAAGUUGACCUCAAACUUGAACUGAGCGGAAGGCUCGCGGGUUCCCUGAGCUCCGCGGGAGCAGCAGGCGAGGCGCAGCAGCAUCGAAGUCAGCUGGCCUGGCAGCGUCCACCUCGCCACUCCCCAGCCGGCCCUCCACCCCCGGGGGAGAGACCGCUGCCCUCUGUGCUGGGCACUCUCCCGGUCUGGCCCGAGGAAUGGUGUGCUGAGGGCCCCCCGGAGCCCCUCAUCCCAGCCUGGAGUUGGAGGAGCCCAAGGUCCAGCCCGGCAUGGCCGAUCCCGGGCAGCCUCAGUUUCCUCCAGAGCAGGAGCCGGCCCCCGCCGUGUCUCCCCUGGACCUACCGGAGAUGGAGAAGCUCCUCACUAAGGUGGAGCUCCAGGACGACAAGCCGCUGAAGUUGUCCAAGUCCCUCUCGGGGACGCUGGACCUCGAGAACGGCCAUGGGCUGCCCUUCAAGGCGGUCCCCGAGAGCCACACGGACGCCCCGCUGUCCCGCUCCUUGUCCCGCUCGCUGUCCCGGGUCAGCUCGCGGCGGGCAUCCUCCCUUGCGUCUGCCUCUGAUGCUCAGGACAGAGAAGUCCCGAAAGAUUACCUCAUCCUGGCCAUCGCCUCCUGCUUCUGCCCCGUCUGGCCCCUCAAUCUCAUCCCCCUCAUCUUUUCCAUCAUGUCUCGAAGCAGCGUGCAGCAGGGGGACCUGGAUGGGGCCCGGAGGCUGGGCCGCCUGGCCCGGCUGCUCAGCAUCACCUUCAUCGUCAUGGGGAUUGUCAUCAUCAUCGUGGCGGUGACUGUCAACCUGACAGUUCACAAUAGUAAAUAAAAGUAACUCAGGCCCUGUGCUCGCCGAGGCAAGACCUGGCCGGUUGGUGAGCUCCAGACCCACAUUCCCCACGUACCAUGGAGGACAGCGCGGUCACGGCCCUGCCUGCCAGCUCCCAAAGUACAAACUCAGAGGGGGACCCUCAAGUCACCCCACUGUGAGCCCACGUCAGAUGGGAAAGACUGGAGGAAGAAAUUAAAGGAGGAAGAACGGACGGAUGGGAGCAAGGAGAGGAGUCAAAUUCCACCAUGAACCCAGUGAAUCAGGGAGGUCUUAACUCAUGGA